AUGCCAUCCGCACUUCGUUUCCGGCCUCUGCAGCAUCGCAACUCGAUCACCUCGAUACCAAGGACACCCAAAUCUCCCUGGGGUGCAUACACCGGCGAGGUUGUCCCGUAUGGGCCUCACCGUCCUGGUCGGUUCCAGAGAACGAAAGCCACUCUCCUAGUCGCAGUGCUCCUGGCCACGUUACUCGGCGGUGCCUCAUGGUUCUACCCCCAGCUCUUGAUUCUUCCAGGAGCCACGGUCAAUCACACAAGGCCUUCCUUGUCGCGAUUGUGGCGGCCAUCACCUUCCUCUUCCUCUACCCCGUCGUCCAAUGCGGAACGAUUCGUACCUUCAUUCCCAUUGUAUGAAAUGACCUUCCAAGACAACUAUAUAUUCCAGCGCAAGGGGAAGGCCGCUGAUCGGGCUUGGGAGACAAUGUUCCCCCACGGCGGCGGCAGUGUUGCGAUCAAGAACCCCCGGGAGUACGGGCUACCGCCCAGUUUCGCUGCUCCCGAUGAUUCAGGGAAAGCGUCAGGUACCGAGGUCUACGAGGUCUCGGUCAUAAGGCAACUAGGCUGUCUGACCCUUCUCCGUCGGAUCCUCAUCGACUAUGAAGACAAUGUGCCUUCGCAAGUGCAGACCCAAGCUCAUGCAUUCCAUUGCCUCGACCACGUCCGACAGGCCAUCCUCUGCGCCUCAGACACGAGUCUCGAAGCGAUCAGUGAAAGGGAAAGUGGGCUUCAGUACCCGGACGUAAUGAGUAAUUCGGAAGGUAGCACUCCUGGGUUUAAGUCGGCGCGCCAUACCUGCAAAAAUUGGUCCGAGGUGAGGGCUUGGAUAGAGCUUAACCGUCCUGAUGAUAGGUAG